CGGGAGACUGCAACCGGUCGAAUGCACAUUGUAUAAAAGCAACUGAGCUCUUCGGUGUCGAUAGCCGCACAUUUAAGUUGUCUUAGUAAAUGCUACUUUUCUGGUUACUUCAGAAAUAUGCGCGUUCCAUUUCAAAUCAUCAGAGAUUAUCAUCAGACAUUAUCACACUUGUUUGUUUAAUCUGUCCAUACAUUUCAUAAGCACGCACUCGUAACCAUGGUUUUACUAUUCUUAUCAUAACACUCUUUUUUUUUUUUUUUUUCAAAUGUAAAUAUUUGGAUAGGUUUUGCUUUGUCCAUACAGUCCUCAGUUUAUUAAAGAAGAUAACGCUUUCUUUCUAGUAGGCAGUAUGACUGCUCUAAUUCUGAAAAUUUCCAAGUUGGUUUCACUCUUCGUCAUUGCUGCUUGCUGUUUGGUUAUUUUUCGCAUCAAUAUAUUACAACAGGACAGAAAAGCGUGCAAAGAGGUGAAAAAACUUAGUCUUAUUGAGAAUGGAUUGAUGCUACAUGAGAGAGACUUGUAUAAGAAAGAGCAACCCUUUGGCAAUGAAAAUCCAUGGGAAGUGGUAAGACAAAUUCUCGAUUCCACUUUUGGGCAGUACGAGGCGAGCCUCAACCAGCACACAGAGCGGCAGGGUCUCGUAAGACUUGGAGCCAUUCUUGAUAAUGGAGAUGACGGACACAUGCCACUCUGUACCGGGAAUGUGUUCUUAUUGGCUGCUGUACAUUCUUGCCAUGAGAGUUUUUCGAUGAGAGAAGCCAUUCGACUGUCUUGGGGAAACCAAGAGAACGCCAUCAAUAAAGGGAAAUGGUCUCGCGGCGCAAACGCGACUUGGAAGACGGUAUUUUUUCUGGGCCAAUCAUCAGACGAUGAGAAGAACCAGUUACUUCGUCUCGAGGCGGCCAGGUACAAAGACAUCGUUAUUGGGGACUUCUUGGACACAUACCGAAACCUAACUCUCAAAACAAUUCUAAUCCUCCGCUGGGCAAAAAAACACUGCCCGCAGGCGCAGUACAUUCUAAAAACAGACCACGACUGUUUCGUCAAUGUUCUUCCUUUAAUGCGCCUGCUUCGCAUAAGGAAACCGCUGUACCUUGGGCGCAUACACUGGAAAAAUACGCCCACUCGAAAUAAGACCAGUAAAUUCUACGUAAGCAAGGCGGAGUUCUCGGAACCUGUGUACCCUCCUUACGCCGCAGGGGGAGGGUAUGUUUUUAAAGGGUCUCUUCUACCGAGCCUGCUACAGGCGUCACAUGAGGCAGCGGUGUUCCCGAUGGAGGAUGCGUAUUUUGGCUCCCUUAUGAAAGUGAUUGGGGUGAAGGCGCAAAGCAACAAAAGGUUCCUGCGGUUCGAGUUCUGCGAUGAAGAAGACGGCGUCGGCGAAGAUUGUUAUUACAAGGCGGAGAGUGUUUGUGACGUCGCUCGGUCGCUCAUUGUUCAUCAGGUCCAAAAAGCGGACCAUAUUAAGCUUCUGGUGAAUGUGCGGACUUUGCAGUUUGUACCUACCUUAUGUGAGCACGAAAACAGGAGGAAAACGCCCUACGCGGAAGGGUAGGAAAGGCAGGAGUGUGAAGGAAUGACACGAACGCAGGAGGGUAUUAAAGUGUGGGGUGGAGGUCGCUAUUGGCUUUAAUGUGUAAUGUUUUUCUUUAUUAGGUGCUGAAAUUAUAUUUAUAAAAGGGAUUGAAUGAGCACCUCAUGGGGAUGACGAGAGAUUUUAGGUGAAAAUGGGCAUUUUGGGGGAUAGGAUAUUGAUUGAAAUUGAAAUUAAACUCCGAAAUGUUGGCGUAUUUUGUAACUGUUAAUAUUUCCUAAUCAUCCUAAGUCUUAUUUUUAUAAACAGCGUAUGUUUCCUAAAAAAAAAAGAAAUGCUAGGGGUGACUGGAUACCUAGAUUUUCAAAAACUGAAAUCCCUUUGUAUGAUGUUUACCAAUAAUUAAAAUGUAAUGCACUUA